AUGUUGAUGGGUGCAUAUUCUGCGAUUCGAUACAAAGAAGUUCCUCAUAUCAUGACUCAGAAUGCUAUAACAGAGGCUCAACACAACCAGACGAUGAUGACCCUGAUGAAAACACAUUCACAUUUGCAGGCGUCAGAAACCUCCAUCCUGAAGCAGGGCAGCUCAACAAAUGGACUGGAUUUGGAUCGACAGAAAAAUUCAGGGUUGGCUGGCGACGCCAGUAUUCACUGGCAUAUCAGCAGGUUGGAACAAAGCUACGAGUCUCGAGAAAAAUGGUUAUCCCCUUCAGAAUCUGCUAUUGCCAUUCGGAUUCAUGCGAUGCUGCUCCACUGGUUUGCGAGGCUUGGCUGGAAUUGUGAGUCCAAGAAGACAUGCGAGAGUAGUAUCAUCCACAUGUUGGAACUCACAUUCAAGGAAAUCGAAAAGCUGCAGAAUGAGAACUUGAAGUACAAGCAUUUGUCACAAGAUGAUUCAUAUGGCUCCGAACUUCGCUCGAUUUCGAGGAUCAACGACUCAGCUCACACCAAGAGCAUACAUGUGUCCGAGCCGAAGAAAUCUCCGAGCCUUUGUGUCGAAUCGAGUAACCCGUCCCUUCUAAACUACCAAAGGAACAAAUAUUUUCCUGUUGCUGUGGAUAUAGAGAGCGAAGCUAUGCGAAAUUUUGUCGACCUUGGGGAGAUGUCGGAACUUGCUGCAUCCAGACGGGAUCGAAGUCAUCAGGAGCUGGAUGAAGAAGAUAUCAGCAAGUUGCGAUUUCAGAUGAAUGCAACCAUUGAAGAAUUACACAAAAGCGUCAACUCCAUGCGAGAUCAAAGCUCUGACUUCGAUGAUCCCAUCGAAUCAAGUCGAUUCAGAAGUUCACGCGGAGAGUUCCUUCCUGCCGAAGACGAGCCCACAGAAAACUUGCGACAGGUUGAGGCAAGUUUGGACGAUGUGUCGAGAAGUCUUUCGGCGCAAGAAAAAGCAGUGAACCUGCUGUCGAUGGCGUUGGAAGGUUCUUUGAAAACUGCAAAGCGUGAAGAUGACAUGAAGAGUUACAUUCGUACUGCUAGACGAAAGUAA